UUUCCUGUUUAGCUUGACAGGUUUAGCGGCAGAUGUCCCGGUAUCAGGCACCGUGUGGAGAUACUGGAGUGGAGCACCUGAGAACGAGCGGCCGACUGUAGCACACUCGCUAGGCUUUAGGUUGGAGGUGGAAGACUGUAAGAAAGACGGAGGACACACACUCCUAAACAACAUUUGAGAUGGCAUUAGCCAGAGAUCCAGAGGUGGUCCAGGAGCAGAGAGACGCAGCCGACCAGAACUUCGACUACAUGUUCAAGCUGCUGAUCAUCGGCAACAGCAGCGUGGGAAAGACCUCAUUCCUGUUCCGCUUUGCAGACGACUCCUUCACCCCGGCGUUUGUCAGCACCGUGGGCAUCGACUUUAAAGUCAAGACCAUCUACAGGAAUGACAAAAGGGUCAAACUACAGAUCUGGGACACAGCGGGACAGGAGCGCUACCGGACCAUCACCACAGCUUACUAUAGAGGAGCCAUGGGAUUCCUGCUCAUGUAUGAUAUCACAAGCCAGGACUCGUUUUGUGCUGUUCAGGACUGGGCAACCCAAAUCAAGACUUAUUCCUGGGACAACGCUCAGGUAGUGCUGGUAGGCAAUAAGCUGGACUUGGAGGAGGAUAGACAAGUUCCAACAGAGGAUGCCCAAAGAGUGGCCAUGGAGCUUGGAUUCCAGUUCUUUGAGGCCAGCGCCAAAGAUAACAUCAACGUGAAGCAGGUCUUUGACAGGCUGGUGGACGUCAUCUGUGAGAAGAUGAACAAGACCGUCAACAGUGAUGCCAGCCCACCUGCCGGUCAGGGGGACAACCUGAAGGAAAAGGCCCUCCCUAUUCAGGGUGGCUGUGCAUGCUGACAGAAAAAAAUUAUCAAAAAGCCUUCAUGUCACACAACAAAACAGAUUACCUAAGUUGCCAAAAAUCUACCAUGUUUCUGGAACCCAUUGCUUAGCUCCCUUUCCAUCUUCUUUCCGUGAUCUUUUCUCAACUCAGCGGCGAUUCAGUCACUUUCCCAUAAUUUCAGUGACUGUUACACUAAGAAGCCAAAGAGUUGCAGCUGUGCCUUUUUCCUGUUUACACAUUGCAGUGUUUGAGCAGCACUUGUUGCAGGUGAGGAAGCGAAUGUAAGGCAUGAACCAAAGCAGCAUCACAGAUUCACAUAUCAGUGUCAGGCUGCCCCCUUGUGGCUGUUACAUGAAACUGCAUCAAGAACUUCUAAUAAGUUCUAACAUACGUGAACAUUCAGGCCACAGUGUUCAUGUAUGAGGCUGCUGUGUCACUCCAAGUGUGUGUCCAUGACACACACGUGAUUUGUAUUUUUAGAUGGAAAUUCUCAUUUGAUUUAUUUUGUAUAUUUCAUGAUGUUAAUGUUAAUAUUUAAUCGAGUUUCAGACAUAAAUAUCUGUACGUCAUUUUCUCAGUCUUCAUUUGCAUGAAUUCAGCGAUAGGUAAAGUUUAUGAUAAAACUUCUUAGUUUCCAUGUUGUGUCCACAUCACUAAAACAAUAAAUCAGCCAAGUCGUACUGUAAGUUUUAUCGUUUUUCUUUCAUGUAUUGGAAAAUAAAAUAUUAAUUGGCUA